AUAUUAAUUCUCCUUGUGGUUUCUCUUUUACAGAUUAAAGGAGCGAGGAUAUAUAUAUAUUUAUAUAUAUAAAGGCCGGUAGAGAGUACUCUCUCCCUUUCUCCCUGAUCUGUGGCUGGAAGAGCAAUAUUUGUGAAUAUAUGCAUGAAGCUUCUUUGAGUAGUACAAGGAAGAGAAGGGAACAAAUCUGAUCUCUAGGACUAGGAUCAAGAAGAAGGGGGAGAAACAAGCAAGCUGGCGACUAAUCCGUGGUGGGCUGGGCAGCUUGGCCUCCCCAGCGGGCCGGUUGCGGGCGGAGGAUCCGUCUCCGAUGAUCACACGCAGCCGGACAACAUGGGCCCCAAGGAGUCCGACUUCGGCGGCAGCAGCGGCGGCAACGAGGACGACAAAGACAACGACAGCGAACCGCGGGAGGGAGCGAUCGUGGCAGCCAAUCGCCGCCCUCGAGGCCGCCCUCCGGGGUCCAAGAACAAGCCGAAGCCGCCCAUCUUUGUGACCCGUGACAGCCCCAACGCGCUGCGCAGCCACCUGAUGGAGGUCGCCGCAGGGGCCGACGUGGCCGAGUCCCUCGCUCAGUUCGCGCGCCGCAAGCAGCGCGGCGUCUGCGUGCUCAGCGGCUCUGGGGCGGUCGCCAACGUCACGGUCCGUCAGCCCUCCGCGCCUGGGGCCCUCGUCGCGCUCCACGGUCGCUUUGAGAUCAUCUCCCUCACGGGGACCUUCCUCCCGGGACCGUCGCCGCCCGGGGCCACGGGGCUUACGGUGUACCUCGCCGGGGGGCAGGGGCAGGUGGUGGGCGGCAGCGUGGUGGGGCCUCUGAUGGCGGCGGGACCCGUUAUGGUGGUGUCCUCAACGUUCUCCAACGCCACCUAUGAGAGGUUACCUCUUGAGGACGGGGAGGAGAGUGGCGGCAUGGUGGCGGGGGACAUGGCACAGCUGAUGCCCCCGGGCGGAGGUGGCGGGCUGACAGAUCCAUCAGCGUUACCGAUCUAUAACUUGCCGCCGAACUUGGCGCACAACGGAGGCGGCGGCGGCCCUCAAAUGGGGCAGGAGCCCUUCGGAUGGGCUCAUCCCCGGGCACCAUUCUAGCUAAUCCAUCGCUCUACUGCCAUGCUUCAGUUAAUGGCUAUCAGCUCUUUAUCUCUCUAGAUAUGAUCUCUAAACUUCAAAGCUCUUCUUAUAAGUUUGCACUUCAUCUCUGCUUAUCUAUUCAGUUCUUUAGCUAGUGUAUGUAGCUGUCUCAAGCUCCAAUUAAUUUGAAACAUUAUGGGACUUCUAUUUCUCAUAAGCAUAUAUAUAUUUUGGGGACUUUAAUGAUAUAUAUACCUUGAU